CACAUUUUAAGAAUUCAUCAAAAUUUUUACAUUUUUCAAUAUGAAAAUCACACAAGUUUGGGAACACCAAUCUGCGUAAACUGGGAUAUGCUGAACCGAUCCAGACAACUUCUACCGCUGACCCAAAAAUCUGUUCCACUGUGGAGUAGAUCUGCCUUUGGUAAGAGAACUUUAUCUUCAGAGAACUCCAAAAAGAUGGAGCUGCCCGAGGGCAUUCUGAUUGGAUUCGGCAAUCCAUUGCUGGACAUCACCACCGUAAUAGAGGACAACAUGCUCCUGGAGAAUUACGGACUGGAGGAGAAUGCGGCCAUUAUUGCCGAGGAGAAGCAUGAGAGUCUGUUCGAGGAGCUGGACAACAUGGAUAAUGCACAGUACUCGGCCGGAGGAGCCUGUCAGAACUCUAUGCGUGUCUUCCAGUGGAUCGUACAGACUCCCUAUAGAUGCGCCUUUUUUGGGGCAGUAGGCAAAGAUAAGUUUGCCGAACGAAUAGCGAAGAGAGCGAAAGCGGAUGGCGUAGAGACCCACUACCAAGUGAAGGAGGAGAUGCCAACAGGCACAUGUGCGGUGAUCGUCAGUGGUCAGAACCGUUCGCUGGUGGCCAAUCUGGGUGCGGCGGCUCUCUUCACCGAGGACUGGAUGGACGAGGAGGAGAACUGCUGUGUGGUGGACCGCGCCUCUUACUUCUACAUUACCGGCUUCUUUCUGGCCGUCAGCCCGGAUACUGUGUUCCGUAUGGCCAAGCUGUGCAGCGAGACGAGUCGCACCCUAAUCCUCAACCUGAGCGCCGUGUUUGUGCUGCAGAUGCAGAAGGAGCAGCUGGAUGGCAUAAUGCCCUACGUGGACAUCAUCAUUAGCAACAAGGAGGAGGUCCUAGCCUUUUCGGACACUCACCUCUGGAACACCAAAGAUAUUUUCGCUAUAGGGAAGCAAAUGCAGAGCCUUCCCAAAGAGAACGGCAGGCCACGCAUUGUCAUGAUCACGGAUGCCUUCUGUCCAGUUCUUUGCUUCCAGGAGAACGACAAGAUUCUGGAGUACCCCGUGCCGAAGGUGGACAAACACAAGAUCGUGGACACCAAUGGCUGCGGCGAUGCCUUUGUGGGUGGCUUUCUCUCCCAGCUGGUCCAGAAGAUGCCCCUCGACUACUGCAUCCGCACAGGGAUUUUCGCCUCCAGGCAGAUAAUCGGCGUGCUUGGGGUCACAGUCGAAAAGCUACCUAAAUUCAACGAGAAAUGCAUAUAGAAUGGGUCCUUGCGUAUCACAGAGUGUCACCUUUACCCCAAAUAUUA